GGAGGUCGGAAAAACAGGAGGCGAAAAACAAAGAAAACGACCGAAAAAUGUGAGAAAAUGCACGCGUGCGAAAAUGUUGCUGAAAAAGUAUGUGAAAACGCGACGUAAGGUGAAGAUCCUUCUCCUGCUGGCCAUUGUCGGUCUACUGGUCAUCACCAUCAUAGUCCUGGGCUCAAGUGGACGUAAUGCGGCCAUCGAAUUGCUGCUGGACGAGCGGUUCAUCGCCCGAGCCUACAGACCCGGGGACCAGCCUCAACCGCCGCAAAAGGCACCGGCAAAGGCUGCGGCACUGAUCCAGCCUCAGCGGGAGAAUGGAGUGAUUGUGCCCGAGAAGUAUGACGAACAGAAGAUCAAGGAAAGGAUCAUUCAGAGCAAAAUAGAUCUUAUGAAGCAGCAGCAGCAGCGGGACCACGAGGCGGAGCAGGCGGCAAGGACCACCUUGGAUGUAGUGAUCACAGCAGUGCAUAUUUUCUACACAGCUCCAGUGCCAUGGUACAAGUCGAAGAAGCCACCUCCGCCGCCGGCUGAGCACCCGAACGAUGUGCCCUUGACGACACCACGACCAGUGAGGAUUCUUAACACAGCCUUUUAUCCGGCACUUGGUCUGUACAAGCCCAGUACCUCGCUGCUAUCCCAGCACUUUGAAAAUAUUCGGAGCUGUGGCAUAGGAGUGCUCAUCCUCAGCUUUACGGGUAGCAAGCCGGCGGAGGCGGCACUUAUCCAUCAAAUCCUGGAACUGGCCCCUCAGCAUAAUCUAAGUGUCACUUUCGAACUCAGUGUGGCUGGUAAUCAGAGUGUGGAAUUUGUCCGGCAGCAGCUGCAGGAGAUUUCCACAUACUCCACGCUGCCUGGCUUCUAUAAGGUCUACAGUCAGUCGAGAGGUGUCUCCAUGCCAGUUCUCUACGUGAGCAAUGCCUACAAAUUGAGUGAUAGUCUGGGAAGAUUGCUCUGUCGAACGCCCUCGCUGGUGGAACCAGAUGGAUUGAGAAGGGUUCUAGAUGCCUUCUUUAUAGGACACAUUAGGCUUAAAAGCCAUGCUGAUGUCCUGCGACGACUGUGUUUCGAUGGCUUCUACAGCAAACUGCCCAGCAAUGGAGCUGUCUUCGCCAGUACCUGGAAGAACUGGUCUUAUCUGAAGUCAUUUGCAUUAUCCUACAAAAUGCUAUUUGUGCCCACUGUGGGUCCGGGAUUCGCAGAGAGAAACAAGUUCCCAAAACAUGGUGACAUUCAAAGGCAUCGCAGCAAUGGAAGAUACUAUGGAGUGGCCUGGAGAACGGCCAUCCUGAAUCAUGUGGGAUUCAUAAACAUAGCCAGCUACAACAACUGGCCGGAUGGCAGUCAAAUCGAGGAAGUGAUGCCUCGUGCUGGCUUCCUGGACUAUAAUCCUGGCUCAAGAACCAAAUAUCUAGAUCUCACAGCCCACUGGGUGGGUAACUUUCUGAAAACGCGACAGGAGGCAGCGGCAGCAGCUUCUCCGGCAUCGCCCCAAAAUUGCUACGAGCUGUUGAAUGGGACAAUUUGCUAAGCUCGUGCACCAGCAACUUCCGGAACGAAGAUAAUCCUAGUUACUUUAGAAGCAAUAGCAACAAUUGCAGGCCACAAAAAUUACUUUCGAAAUGUUAACGAGUCUUCUGCUACACAUAUAUAUACACUAAACAUAUAUCGUUUUGAUAGUGAUAUUUUUAAUAACUUAAUUCGAAACAUGAAAGGGAGUGUCGAGUUUUUUUGCAAGCAAUUCCUUUCUUUCACUUCGUUCUAUCAAAAAGGUUGUGCAUGAAUGAUACUUAAAGCCAAUCCUAAAGAUGAAUUUCAAAGAUAACUUCGAAAUACUAGUUUUCUUGCCAAAACACUCGACAAGAUACAAAUCAAACGCAAAAGAAAGCAAUUAAAAUUGAUAUCAAUUAACAUAAAUUCUAGAGCCAGAGAUACUUUUUUAUUAAAUCUAUAUAAUAGCUUUCAAUUAUUGUAGUACAUAGAGGAGAACAAUAUCAUAACUUAAUGCCAUGCCAUAUUAUGUAGACACCAAAGGAAAUUAUCUAUGUUAAAACGGAUAUAAACACUUGUUAAACGAUUGGUACUUAAAAAAUUUUAACUUUAUUACCAGUACAAUAUAUAUAUAUAAAUACUUUAUCUAAGCUUUAAUAGUUUAGUGCCAAA